AUGUCUAAAAUAAAACGUUUGCUUAUUUUGGAUUUAAAUGGUAUAUUAGUUCAUCGAGUGUAUAAAAAGGAGUAUUAUAAAUAUCAGGACUUAUUUAAAAAUGAAUAUAGAAAUGGCACCAUCGAACGUCCAUUAUAUAAAGGAAAUUUUGCCAUUUGGCUUCGUCCAGGUGUCAAAGAAUUCUUACAAUGGUGUUUAGAUCAUUUUCAUAUUGGUAUUUGGUCAAGUGUUCGAAAAGAAAAUAUGGUACCGUUAAUCGAAGCGCUUUUACCUAAUGAAUCUGAUCAUUCAAAUCUUUUAUUUUAUUGGUGGCAAGAUAUGUGCUUAAUGGAAAAGAAUGACGAUAAGAAUGAAAAGACGUCGACAUCAUUUUAUAAAUGUUUAGAACGUGUAUGGAAUACUCAAUCUCUUGAAGAAAAAUGGAAAUUAAAUCAAAAAAAUGGAAAUUGGCGUGAACAAACGUUGAUUGUGGAUGAUAAUAAAAGCAAAGUGAGGGAUAAUCCAGAAUUUACAGCCAUACAUCCACAAUCAUGGAAAUUGUUUGAUAUUGUUGAAUCUGAACAGGAUGGAGCAUAUAUCAAAUUAUUUAAGAAGGAUAAUGUAUUAGAAGAGAAUGGCGCAUUAAAACAGUGGUUACAAAAAUUACUUGAGUGGGAAGGAACAGUACCACAGUUCGUGAAAAAUAAUGCUUAUGUUGAUCCUCCAAUUGAAGAAUUAAUUAAUGGGAUGAACGAAUAUUUACGAUGUAAUGAUGCAUGGAAUGACAAUUGA